AUGUCUUCAGCGUGCAUGUUUCGCCCCUCAUACAAAAGGCGUUCCGAGGAGGAAGUGGAUAUGGACAAGGUGACUGCCGCCAUGGUCCUGACGAGUCUGUCCACCAGCCCGCUGGUUCGGAGUCCGCCCGUCAAAGUCAGCGAUGGACUAAGUGGCUCAUGGAAGGACAAUGGCUCGGCCGGUCCUUUCACCCCUUCCAGCAACAGCUCCUCGGGGGGCUACUGGAGCUGGUCGGCUCCCAGCGACCAGUCCAAUCCGUCCACGCCGUCGCCGCCGCUCUCGGCCGACAGCUUCAAGCCCUUCCGAGUGCCCAGCCUGGGCGGCGUGGGGACGGGCCCCGCGGGACCCGAGGACCCCAGUCUAGACGAGCAGGACGGCAGCAGCCUGCUCUUCGACGAGCCCAUCCCGCGCAAGCGCAAGAACUCCAUGAAGGUGAUGUUCAAGUGCCUGUGGAAGAAUUGUGGCAAAGUGCUGAGUACCACCGCCGGCAUUCAGAGACACAUCCGCACCAUCCACCUGGGGCGUAACUGCGACUCGGACUGCAGCGACGGCGAGGAGGACUUCUACUACACAGAGAUCAAGCUCAACACGGACUCCGUGGCAGACGGGCUGAGCAGCCUGUCCCCCGCCUCGCCAUCCGUGCUCUCUCCCCCGCCCCCUCCCCCGUCUCCCCACCCGCCCCUCAGCCAGGCGCCGGACCCCCACCGACCCCCGCAGCCCUCCGACGCCAAGGAGCCCCACGCCGGCGGCACCACCCCGCUCAGCCGCUCGGCGCCCAGCGCGCUCUACCUCGUCCACACGGACCACGCCUACCAGGCCACAGCUCCAGUGUCAAUCCCAUCCAACGGCAACAACUCGGUGGGCUCUCCCUCCACCAGCUUCACCCCCACCAACAGCUCCAGCUUCAGCAUCUCCUGGCAGUCGCCUCCCGUCACUUUCACAGGGAACACGGUUUCUCCCAGUAAAAGCCAGGGAUUUGGAGAGCAGCGGUCGCACACCAUCGCUGUGCUUUCUUCUCCUCCGAGAGCCACCGCUGCCCUCAGUCGCAAAGUGCGCGGCGAGGGGAAGAAGUGCCGCAAGGUGUACGGGAUGGAGAACCGCGACAUGUGGUGCACCGCCUGCCGCUGGAAAAAAGCCUGCCAGAGAUUCACCGACUGAAGGCCCCCCGACAGACCCAACGGGCAGCGCCCUCGUCGGCCAGAGGGGGGGCCCAGGGGGUCAUUCUGCAUGCAUUUGGUUCUCCUCAGCUAUCCGCUAUGGUCCCCCCCCCCGCCCCCCCUCCUUUUAAUCACCCCCGUCCUAGUCCACCGAAUCAUUCCAGCAAAGCAAGCGAAGGAGUCGCUUUUUAUAUUGCCGUCCUGGAUUGCUCCUACUGCCUCACUACCCCCCCUCGUUCCCACUUGUGGGAAGCCCUAGUGCAGCUAAAUGGUGUAAAAAUAGAUUUCUGCUUUUUUCUUUUUUUCUUUUUUUUGUGUACUGGUUCAGUGUUGCAUCUCUUUCUAUUUUGUGAAGCUCUGUUUUUUUUAAAUGGGAAGUCUUGUCAAAGCAGAGGUCCAGAAAAAAAAGCUUGUUUGUGUUUGUAAAAAAAACAAAAAACACUUUUAUAAACCCAAAACUGGAGUUGGGCCUGUUGAACAUUAUGAGAGAACGAGGUGAGGCUUUUAUGUUUGUUGUUUUAUUAUUAUUUUUUUGCUUCUUUGCUCUCCCCUCAACUUGAUCAUGUCUUUGUUUAAAUUCUGGACUGUUCGGGGUGAACUUUCAGCGCCCUCAUCACGCUUCUCCUCCACGCUUCUCCUCCACCCUCAGUGCCCCCCUCCCCCCUUUUAAAGGGAAUGUCGCGCAGGCUGAGGGGUCAUCACAAGGAGGAAGAGAGACCCACGGGUGAAUGAUCAAUGCAAAAAAACAGAUGCAGUUUACCGUCAGGGAAAGCAGGUGGACCAUACCGCACACAAUGCAGCAGCAUUCACAGACACGAGGGACUCCACGCAAAGGAUCGUGUCCCUUUUUAUCCAGUUUCGUCAGGGAUGGGAUUGUGAAGAAAGCAAAAACCAGCAGCUUGGACUCGGGUUUGUUUAUUCUGUUUUUUUUACUAUAUGCAGCACUAUCUCAGCAGCUUCUCCUUCAAUACAUCAGACAACUUUGCAACCAAAAGCGUCUUUGAUUUGGAUGUUUUGUCAAGGUGCCAUUUUUGUUUGCUUCUAUUCCCUCUUGUUGUCGGGAGACCACGGUGACACCACUGGAAAUUAACAGCCGGCGACGCCACGAAAGGAUGGAAACGUCUGGAGAGUCAGAUAGGCCUCGUCCCACAAGUCCUCGCCCACCGUUCCCAAGGAAAACCGGACACAAAAAAUGGUUCCUUUGUUUACAAAUGCCAGAGGUGUGUUAACCAGAAGGUGAGGGCCGAAGAACCAAAAGUGUCUGUGUGCUUAUAAACCACUAUCUUCACUCUAUCCAGUAAUAAUUACAGUCCAUUUUCCUCCAUGCCUCCUUCUCCAACCAUUUCUUUUCCUUUAUGGAGAAGAGUGGGGAGGAAGUUGGAAGCUGGGAUGGGGUCACUCUCUGUGGUCACUCUGCAAACUUCUGGCUUGAGCUUUCCCCAUGAAUUUUCCCUCUUUUUUUUUCUCUUUGUGUGUUUCAUACGAAUGCGUUCUUUUGAAUCUCAGCCUCCUUGUUUACUCCAAAGACGGGAAACAAAACGAUACAGCUUCAAAGUUUACAAAAA